CCGCGGCCUGCGCGGUCCCGCGGUGUCAUGAGCCAUGGAGCCGGGGCGCCAGACGCUGCCGCUGGAGAACGCCUCCAUCCUCUCCGAGGGCGCUCUGCAGGACGGGCACCGCCUCUGGAUCGGCAACCUCGACCCCAAGAUCACCGAAUACCACCUUCUCAAACUCCUUCAGAAGUUUGGCAAAGUAAAGCAAUUUGACUUUCUUUUUCACAAGUCUGGUGCUCUGGAGGGGCAGCCGAGGGGUUACUGUUUUGUGAACUUUGAAACCAAACAGGAAGCAGAAAAGGCGAUCCAGUGUCUCAAUGGGAAGCUGGCCCUUUCCAAGAAAUUGGUGGUGCGGUGGGCACAUGCGCAAGUCAAGAGAUAUGAUCACAAUAAAAAUGAGAAGAUCCUUCCCAUCAGUCUGGAGCCAUCUUCCAGCACGGAGCCGCCCCAGUCUAACCUAAGUGUCAGUGCAAAAAUAAAGGCCAUUGAAGCCAAGCUGAAAAUGAUGGCAGAAAAUCCAGAUGCGGAAUACCCUGCGGCACCUGUUUAUUCUUACUUCAAACCACCGGAUAAGAAAAGGACUACUCCUUAUUCCAGAGCUGCCUGGAAAUCUAGAAGAUGAUGCUUAUGAAUGGAUAAUGGUAGCAAGAAACACUGCUUUGUACACCUGGAGUCCUCCAAUGCUUCUGUACUUCGUAGAGUGAGAAGGAUACUGCCACCUGAGCACAACACCGCUGUCCGUGGCACAGUGUUCUCUAACACCUUAGGUGGUCUGCUGAACACUCCUUACUGCCAGUGCAGCUUCACAGCUGAACGCUGUUCAGAAAAGUAGGUUCCAUUCAAAGCCUCUGAUGAACACGCAGACAACCUCUCGUUAGUGUGCAUUCAUUAGCAAGAUUAGAAACAGUAACCAGUGUAUGGAGUAAAGCACAUCCAAAAAUACUCCAUUUAACUGAUUACUUUUUAAAGUAUUUUUGAACAAAAAGUAUUCCGAUUCGUGUUUUUAAUGGAGGGGAAGCACUUGGUUUUGAUUAACGUUCUGUAGUUACCAUGGAAAACUUUUUCAUCUCAAUAAAAUUCAUUUUAAAUAGAUUUUGCAACACUUUUAGUAACUGUGCAUGCAAUAUUUUUUAUGCACCAAAGCAGUUUUAUUUUGCAUUUCAGUUUGCAGACUUUAAGGUAUGACUUUAUGGUAUGAUAACCUUAAGAUAAGUCAUGACACAGCACGGGGAUUUUCAGUGUCAUUUAGGCUGUAGGUGUGUGCCUCCGUGUAGGAAUUAGCGUAUUUACACGCCACUGAGGCCUGUGCUGUGCCGUAAGCUUCAGAGCCAGCCGCGGCAUAUCUAAUGUUUGCGUUCAGUAAUCCCCGUCAGUGGUAGCUCUUCAUAAACCAGAUGUGGCAGCGUGAGAAUAACCCUGCAGCCUCGGAGACAUCUGUCAAGCACAUGACCUCGGCGUCUGCCCACCAACCGGUCCAGCUUCUGGCUGUCACUGGCUGGUAGAGGCGGUCGGUUGCCUCUUGGUGUAAAGUGGCACAAGUGUUUGUGGCGAAAUGGUUCCGCUGCGUGCUGAGGAGGAUUACCUGCACCAGGCGCUUAAUUGACAGGUUUAAUGGAUGGCAUUUCACUUAAACCAUUCGAUCUGCAGCACGUUCUUCUCCCUAAACGUUACCUGCAAAAUAGAAAUCUGAGGGGAAAAAACACUGUCUGGCAGCGUUUUCUCCUCAUACACACAGUGUGUACUGUGUGAGGGGGAUGCUGGAGAACGACUGCGCUCGGGUCCAGGACGUAACGGUCUGGUUUUGCCGAUGUCUGCUCUCUCCAGCUCUUUCCAUGCUGGAUCUUUACCUCAUCGGUCGCUCUUGAGUUGCUUCCCCAAGCUGGUUAACAGUGGUCUCAAACAAGAGGAGGAGAAUAAUUCUGACACAGCCCCUGGUUUCUGUACGCAGGUGUUGCUCGCUGGCAUAGCAAAGUAAGGUUUGUGUUCCUGAAGCGGCACACCUACCUCCAAGCAGAGCACGCUUCCUGCUUCCGAACCGAGCAUCUGGAGUGGAGCUGUGCGUGUGUACAAUGGAUGGAUUGUUAAAAACCUGAAUUGUUCAAAAGUAGGUCUCGUGCUGUUAGAUAUUUGCUUUCUAGUUUUUUGGGUACCUGAGUAAAGAGAAAAGUAGUGUCACUGGAAGUUUGUACCCCUAUGAAUGUCAAUAACACCCAUUUCCAUUCCUCUGUGAGCAGCCUGUGUUUUGUUCUUGCGUGGUCUAACGUUUGUAGUCCUCUGGAUCUGUAUCUGCGUUAUUUAGAACAGCAAUCAUUUCUAUUUCUGUUAGGAAUUUAGAAAAUACCUAGAUUCAAAUCGGGUUUGUGGUUGUGUUCCCGUCAGAAACAUACUUUGAUAUUUAUUUGUAUUUAAAUGCAAUUUGUUGAAAUUCUUACGGCUCUAAAUAAACAUUUUAAAUGCA